AUGGCUGAUCGUUUGCGUGCUAGAGCAAACAAGAUUCAGGAGCUGAACACUGAAAAUUCGUCUCUCCAGAGAAUGUUUCAUGAGUCUCAACAAGAGGUUGAGAAACUUAAAGAGGAAAAUAAGGCCUUGUUGAAACUGAUUUCCAAUGAAAAGAUUCUAGGAGACCACGAAAGGCUCAUGGCUAAGCUUAAGAGGCGCCGUCCUCUUCCUUCAGAGGCUUCCAGAACAUAA